AAGCAACAUCAAAAGCAUCAAAAGCAACAUCAAAGAAACAUCACGACAACAUCGUCAACAUGUACAAAACGAUGCGCUAGUGGUGUUGACAACACGAAAAUGUUUCCUGUAUUUGCAGAGAAAAAUAUUUGAAACGUUUUUUGCUUACAUGGCGCUUCAUUAUGUUCUCUAAGGUCUUUUGAUAUUCACGGCGGAAUUAAAAUUCGGUAAUUCACCUCUCCUGCACAACCUGUGUAGUUAUAAAUUAUCAGAAUUUUUCGUGCUACAAAUAUAAUUUUGAAUCAAACAGAUGUCGACAAUCAAUAGUAAAGUGGAUCAAUAUGGAUUUCAGAGGGAAGAUGAUUUUGAUUAUGAAACGUACGAGAGAUUUAUGUCAGAAUAUUUAGUUGUCUUGGCACGACGUGCUGUCAAGUGGGAUAAGGUCAUUGAUCCUGAACACAGAACUAGAAAAUCUCUCAGGGUAAAGAGAUAUUGCAGAAAAGGAGUACCAUCUUCCCAAAGAGCUCAGGUAUGGUUUGAUGUAAGUGGGGCUAGAAAGAGAUGGAAACAUGGCCGAGGUGUUUAUAAAAGAAUGCUUGAAAGUACAAAGAAUGAACAAGUUAUUGAGAGUAUACGAACAGAUCUUCAUAGAACAUUUCCUGAAAAUGUACACUUCGGUGAUGAUCUUAGUUCUAAGAAAGAAGCACUUUUUAACGUGCUCAGUUCUUACGCACAUUAUAAUCCCACUGUGGGAUAUUGUCAGGGUUUCAACUAUAUUGUUGCUCUUUUACUCCUUGUGGUAAAACAGGAGGAACAUGUAUUUUGGUUGCUAGAUGUGCUUGUCACAAAAAAACUUCCAGAUUAUUACGGUUACCAAAUGCAGGGAUUAAGAGUGGAACAAGCUGUUCUGGAGGAACUGCUAGGAUGGAAGAACCCUGCACUAGCAGAACAUAUGAAAAGAAACGGUGUCGAUAUCGCCAUUCCGUGCACUAAAUGGUUUAUUUGUCUUUAUACUGAUGUUUUACCCACAGAGACUGUUCUACGAAUUUGGGAUUGUCUGUUUUACGAAGGAUCCAAAGUUCUUUUGCGUGUGGCACUUACACUCCUUUUGAUGAAUGAACAGAAACUAUUGGCAUGUAAGGACUUCGUGGCCCUCUGCGAAGGAUUUAAGAAUAUAACCAAGGGUUCAGAAACUAUCGACUGUCAUAAUUUUAUGGAGAAAUGUUUUUCGCUGCCCGGCUCGUUACCUCAGAGGAAAAUUGACAAAUUACGGAGUAAGAAACAAGAAACAUUGACAACGACGGCGGGAGCAUCAAGCAGCUAAAAAUUAAUCAAUGCCAAUGGAGAUACGGCACAAUCACAUUUCUUGCCAAUCAAAGUUUUUAAUAACGAUGACUGUCGAUGUAAAAUAGUUCUUUCUACUAUUUAUUGUAAAAAUAAAAUUAAAUAAUAAAAAACAAAGAAUUAAAACAAUGAGUUAGAAAUGAAAAGUUAUAGAAUUCUGCGAAAUCAUAUGUUGUAUAUAAUACACGAAAUUUUGUUAGAAAUAAAAAUUCAAGGGAAAAUGUUAU